GUGGAAGUCGCUUUGGAGAAAAGCGUCUGCUAAAUAAAUGUGAACUUUACCAACAUGAGUAUAAUGGUGGCUGCUAUUACAUUCUUGUCUGUGCAAAGGAAAAUCCUACACAGCGAAUAUUAAAUUGUUGCGGUGUCACGUGUCGAUUGUGUACUUUUAAUCUUUUAAUCGCUUGUGAUUCGCGUGGCUGUACUUUGUCUAGCUCUGCUGAGGUAUUUUCUCUAGGUCCACACGGUGGCGCUGCUGUGCCUCGCAAAGACUGUUAAACGAUUAGUGACCGAAGUGUAGCGCGGCAAACGCGCCUUUUACUGGUGAAUAAUUGUCCGGUUAACUUUAUAAUCGCUAUUUUUUUCUGUGAAGGGUUUUAUUUGAUUGACCAACUUGAAUUUGAAAAAAAAAAAGCUUCAAUAAUGCCUCCAAGAAAAAUAUCAGGCUUUAUAAAUUGGUGAAAUUUUGAAUCACCUGAAAAAAUCCAACCAGGAUCAAAAUAAUAAUGAAUUUGUCCUUCAACCAACAAGGCUUGCAUGUGGUUAGAGCUCUUAUGAUUAAGUGUUUCUUUCACCUAACACUGUUGCUCUACUACAUCCUGCUGUCGCCUUGUUCACUUUGUUUUGCUAUGAUUGUCCGAUCCAGUUGCGUAACACACAUUUAAAAAAAAACUCACAUUUUGGUACAUCUUUACACACAUCUUUGCAAAGAAGCAUGGUGUUAUUUUACAAGGUGUGAUUCACUGUUCAUAUGUUUUAUGUCUUCAAGUGUUGUUGGUGUAAUGAAUACUAUUUCCAAGUCUCGUUUUAAACUAAAGAACAGGAACCUAACAGAUAUAUGAGCCAAUUUUCCUUUUGUGGUGGUCUGUGUAGGCAGACCUGAAUGACCGAUUUCCCAGUGAACUGGCAGUGUCAGUUUAUUUUGUGAUGAGCAGUUUGUUCCUCCUAUAGCAAACCAUAGUAGUCAGAAAAUAAACCCAAGUGGUAAUUUUCCAGCCUCAUUUCAUGGUAUUUUGUAACUCUGUUAACUGAAAUGAUGGUCCUCGGUGUCUACAUUUUCCAGCUGUCAUUAUGCGAACACUGUAUCCUCCUCUUGUGCUAAAAUAAAACAAACCUGCCAAAGCAGAAUGUUGUAAAAUUAAUAAACAUAGGCAAAGUUCAGGAUGAAUGGGAUCUUUUGUCUUCUCUCUUCAUCGUCCUUCCAUCCAUGUUCUGCAGAAGUGUAGAGUCAACAUGCCUGUGUCCAGUAGCACCUUCAUCCCGACCAUCAAUGCCAUCACCUCCAGCCAUGAUCUGCAGUGGAUGCUGCAACCUACUGUCAUCACUGCCAUGUCCAGCCCCCGACCCAGGCUGCACCCCUAUGACCACCACGGUCCACUUAGUCAAACCCGGCCUGGUGUGAUCCGUUCUGUUGGGGAUACUCGGGUCCGAUGCAAACGGGAUGAGCAGCUCACCCCCGAGGAAGAGGAGAAGAGGAGGAUAAGGCGUGAGAGGAAUAAGAUGGCAGCUGCAAAAUGCCGCAGCCGCAGGAGGGAACUAACUGAUCGACUGCAGGGGGAGACGGAGAAGCUGGAGGAAGAGAAGGCUGGUCUUCAGAAGGAAAUUGAGACAUUGCAGCUGGAGAAGGACAAGCUAGAGCUCGUUCUGGUGUCACACAAGCCCAUCUGCCAGCUGGCCCACGAGGACCAGUCACAGGAUUGCAAUUCCCUGGCCCUCGCUGGGUAUCGCACCCCAGGCGCAGUGGUGGUGAAGCAGGAACCCUUAGAGGACUUCUACGAACAGGAGGUGGCACUCUCUUCUCACAAGGUCCCACCAUCUGUCAUAAAACCCACCGCCUUCGAAGGAAGAGCAUUAGAGAUGUACUGCCCGGAUGGAAACCGCUUCAGUGUUCCUGUUGCAGAAACUGCCACCCUGGCUCUUAGACCUGCAAAUCCCAGCCCCAUGUUCACCCACCAUCAGCUACCAGAACAGGAUGGUUCCUUGCCAGGUCCCAAGGCCAGAUCGACAGCCCACAGCCAGCACAGCUCCCACCAGGACCAGGCCCCAAACUGCCAUUCGCUCACACUGCUUUGACCAGUCCCCCCCUUUUUUUUUUUUUCCUCUCCCUCCACUCUUUUUCUAAGGCAGCAAAACUGUGGCUUGUAAAGGGGUAUUGGGUCAGCUGGGACUCAAGAAUACAAGUUCAGAUCUCUUCUGAAGAAAAAAAUGCAUUACAGCACAAACUUCUUGAACUACAGGACAGAA